AUGAUGAAGUUCUUGUGGGUUUGCAUUGUUGUAGCAUUUUGUUUCAGCAAAUGGGUUGAUGGAUUUGUGCAGUACAGUCAUAGAGGUGAUCCCAAGACUGAAAUUAUAAAUAACACUCUGAUGGUAUCGAUCACCCUCAUUCGAGGAGCUGAAGCCAAAGGAGCAGUCUGCUUGGAUGGAACAUUGCCUGCUUACUAUUUUAACCGCGGACAUGGGUCAGGGGCAAAUAGUUGGGUCGUUCACUUUCAGGGUGGAGGAUGGUGUAGCAACAUCACAGAAUGUGUUGCUCGCGCAAAAACUCAGUUUGGAUCAUCAAGAUACAUGUUACCAGAGACUGGGUUCACUGGAAUAUUAAGCUUCAAAGCUGAAGAAAAUCCAGAUUUUUUCAACUGGAAUAGAGUACUCAUUCCCUCUUGUGAUGGUGCUUCUUAUUCUGGAGACAGUGAAAAUAAGGAAGCACAACUGCAUUUUAGAGGAAAGCGUAUUUGGUUGGCCUUCAUGGAAGAGUUGAUGUCAUUGGGCAUGCGCCAUGCCAAGAGGGCUCUUAUUUCCGGUUGCUCUGCUGGCGGUUUGACAUCUAUUUUGCACUGUGAUAAGUUCCGGAGCUUAUUUGGAAAAAGUACUAAAGUGAAGUGCCUGAGUGAUGCUGGAUUUUUCCCCGACGAGGUUGAUAUAUCUGGUGAACCUACAUUCAGGAAGUUUUUUAGUGGUGUAGUAAGCUUGCAGGGGGUGAAGAAGAAUCUGCCACGAUUUUGUACGAGACACCUUGAUCCUACUUCGUGCUUCUUCCCUCAGAACUUAAUCUCCGGGAUCAAAACCCCUCUAUUUAUACUCAACUCAGCAUAUGAUAUAUAUCAGUUUUAUGCCAUUUUAGUUCCGGCAUCAACAGAUCCCAAUGGCUUGUGGGACAAUUGUAAAUCAAACAUUACAAACUGUUCUCCAUCUCAGUUACAAAUAAUGAAAGGUUAUAGGAGUCAAAUGCUGAAUCUACUAAAACCAAUCUCGAAGUCUAAGCAAAAUGGGAUGUCUAUAACUUCAUGUUAUGCGCAUUGUCAAGCUCAGUAUCAAGUCAUGUGGCAUGCUGAUAACUCUACACUUAUUGGCACUAAGACAAUCUCGCAAUCUGUCGGAGAUUGGUAUUUUGAUCGGGCAGUAGUUAAGGUCUAUGAUGAAGGUUGCCACUAUUUGGUACCUCAAUAA